AUGACUGACGCCACCAACAUCCACGAUACUCAUCCCAUCCCCAACGACACCGUGCCAUCUGUCGCUGUCAAGCAACACCUUCCUCUGGACUCUCCCGACCUUCCAGUAUCCCUCGUCAGCCCGCCCAGCAGCACUGGACCUCAUUUAGCAACACCACCUUACUCGCUCCCCGAUUGGAUCACUAAUACAAAACUCGGUAACGACAGACAUCCUCGCCGUCAUGAUACUCAUGAUCUUCCUGCCAGUGGUCGUCGUUACUCCCAAGGAUCCUUCGGCUCCUACUAUGGGACUCUUCAUGGGCAGCAACCCCUUUCAGACCGAUCAACAUCUUCUAGUCACCAUCGACCAAGCUCAAGCUCAGAGGAUUCCGUGGACUCCCAUACUUCUGCCCCCGUCCUGUCUAUUCUACCCUCACAUAACAAGGCAGUCCGUCGUGCCUCAUAUAGUCAGGAACUUUCGGCCCCUAUUCCCAUCCAGCCACAGCUUUCAUCGGCGCCAUCGAGGCAACAAAGGCGGAAGGCACCAACUCCUCCGCCAUCCCUUCUUUCGCCAUCAUUGACAACGACCAAAGUCUCCAGAUCUUUAUCGACAAUCCACGGCAUUUCUGGAUCCAGCUCUGCACAAAGUCAUGCCAUUCAUACUCAAAAAGACGACCACGCAACGACUAUCUCAAGCAGCAACGAAAGCAUCAAAGGAAGCACCAUUUCGGUAUCUGCGCCUCUAUUAUCGCCUACUACUACACUCGAUUCACCAGCAAUCCACAGCUCUCAAAGUCAAGACCUGAUUGGACCUAAGGAUGUCAGUACCGGACCUACGAAUUGCGAGUGCCCUGAGCACUAUCGAUACGCGAUCCUGUCCACCGUUGUCCCGAUGCCGUUGGAUGUGUGUUUUGAGUGGCUCUACUCGUCUCAAGGACUUGGGCACGAGGAUCAUCUAAUCAAGAAGGCACACGCCAUUGUGAAUUCCUCGCCUCACAUUGAGAUCUCCCCUUGGGCAAAACCAGGACUUGAGACCUCUACCGCCGAUACUAGUGGGUGGGAAACUAAGAAGCGACAGCUCCACUACUCUGUAACCUUCAAGAUUCCGAUGUUCUGCCUUACAUUGGAGUCACCGGGGAUGACCAGGAUCAGGUGCUUUGCGGAGGUCAAGUUCAAGAAGUCGAUUCUUUGGAGUAGCAGGAUUGAGGCGAGCGCAAUGCAGGGAUGUGGGUCGUACUACAAGGAGCUUCUUCGGGAACUCAUGGAGAUGGAGCCGACACUAUUACAGGAAUCAUUACAUCCAGUGCGACCUUCAGUCAUUCGUUCUAAUACUUCCGACAGUGCUCAGACGAACCAACAGCUGCAACAUUCCUCAAUAGCGACCAAUUUGGCGACCUACAAUACCACAUCGUCUCUGGAGGCAGCACCUGUCAUGGCACGAUCAUCGUCUCAAGGCUUUAUCGGGGUCAGUCCAGCACACUCACUCCUCGCCCAGCAAUACUUGAAGAACCCUCCGACCGUCUCCAGAAUUUCAACCAUCUCAACAGACAAUUCUACAGAAUCCAUCAUUACCAGUACCACCACUACCAGCAUCACAUCAGCCGACAGCAUCACCCCUACCGGCCCCUCUAAGCUCGUGGCCCUGAAUAGGUCGGCAAGUGCUAUUUGGAAGAACAUUGUUCAGACGUCCGUUGAGCUUUUGUCCAAGCCGCUUUCGAUCACGGUCCCCAGUUCCAAUGGUAGAGUCACGACACGUAGUGGCCACGAUAGCUGCAUCCAAGGUGAUUCUGACACCGUCAACGAAGGACCUCUUUCCCAAGGCGGCAACCAAUCAUCGACAGCCGUGUCAAGUCUGGAUGAAUCGGCACACACAGUUGUUGAGGCAGAUGGUUCUGGUCAAGAAUCGACGGUGACGAGUGCCGAGCCGGGGAUCCUAUCCAAGGUGGAGAGCGACACUGAUGCUACGGUGCCUAAGCGGGUGGCCUCACCUAUUCAGGCAAGUAGCAGGACGUUAUGGCUUGUCCUUGCUGUUGCGAUGGUAAUGUCGGUGCUGAACAUGUGGUGCCUGUUUCGAACGGUUUCUUCAAUGGCUAAUGUUAUUCAUAACAGCCACCAAGGACGACAACUUUCGACGGCGCAUCUCCCAUACCCGCAUCACUGGCUGGACAGGACUGGUUGUUUCCAUGAUGGAGGCAUUGGGUCUCCUCGGAUGUUAUCAACGCAUUUGCACUCACUACCUCUUCAUGUUCAAGCAGAUAUGCUGAGGUCCGAGAUGAACGACCUUACAAAUUUGCUGCAGAUUGUACGUGGAAGCACAGAACAUUAA